GCUCGUUAAUAUUCAAUGAACAACCUGCUUGGCUAUUUUCACUCAAUAACAUAACCUCCUAGCGAAAUAUUCCGGAUGGACUUAGCUCUGAGAAACGUGACAAAGAACGUUAAACUAAUAAGCGGAAUCUUAAUGACAUACACAAUGAUCAGACACCAAGUUUAGACAUUUGGGCGCGCCAGAAGUGAGGCCAUCAAACAUGGAUAGGCUAAAGAUCAAUCGUGAACUGUUAGUCUACAAAGCGUUCUAUUUCUUCUUCUUGAGUGGAUUAGGCGCACUUUUCCCAUAUCUACCCGUGUAUUUCCGUCAAAUGGGACUCCCAGCCAGCAAUGUCGGGUUACUGAUCGGCUUUAGACCGAUCGCGCAGUUUGCAAGUGCGCCAUUCUGGGCGGUAAUGGCGGAUAAGUACCGCAAACGCAAAGCGAUUCUAAUUAUGUCUGCGUUGGCAUGGUUGAUAAUGACUCUGGCUUUAGCAUUUGUCGAGCCCACGCAUGAGAUCUGUGAAGUUCGCAAGGGAAACUCUUCCGAUUCCCACUUUGUUAAUUAUACGAAGAUAAAGACGGGGUUCUUUAAGCGUUCUGUGGUCUCUUCGGCAGUUAGCGCAGAAUAUCGCGUUGCUGAAAAUGAAGUCCAGGCUAGUCCCGACCUAGUUGUAGUUCCAUUGAAGCCUGAUUUUCAGUCUCAUCAGUCAAGGAGACUAUUCACAAAUAACACAGCAAAUGACAAUACAACUACAAAUGGCUCGCCAAGUGAACAUAAAGAAAUGAUAAACCAAUUGGUUGUCGCGACUAGAAAGACAACUUACAGCCGUCACACUAAUCCAAGCAACGAUGAACGUACUGGCCACAGCUCUCACAUUGAAAAGACAAAACUAACUGAUACGGUUGAUAAUGGACGGAAAUAUUUUGAAAUGGGGACUGCAACUUACAGCAGUCACACCAAUGGAAACAAUGUGAGCUAUGUCACGGAUAUUGCGAAUUCUCGAAGACAAAGAAAGAUAACCUACAGUAAAAGCAAGCAAUUCGAUCAAGUCCUUACUACUUUUGAAAAUUCUAGCAGAAAUAGAGUCAACGAUACACUAACUAAUAACAAUAACACACGUAAUAAUACAGAGAGAACGAUUACACCGGCUAAAAAUACGGGUACCAUUAUAAUCAAUGCAAACAAAACUAAAGAUCAACAACAUACUAGUACUAGACGCAAUAAAUUAAGAUCACAACCAGAUUUAGUUGAAUUCUCCAAAGAAAAUUUCGCAAGCAACCUUGAUGAGUCUUAUGAUGGUCCGUUUUCUUUUUCUGGAAUAAGCGGUGAGCUACCGAAUAAGGAGAACACAGUGAUGUGGGGUGCAUCUAGUUCAAGGAUCUUGAACAAGGUGGCUAGGAAAACAAAGAAAGAGUCAAACUAUCCAAAAGUUUGGAGCUCGGCAGAUCUUAAAAAAAGAGGCAAAAAGGACGGUAGCAACGUCGAAGCCGAUAACAAAGCGGUUGGUAUACGUCAUUUCUCCGAAAUGAUCAAGAGCAUUUCCCAAGAGCUGGAGGUUUCUGGGGAUGCUGGCUCGGCGUCAAUGUUUGCUUAUUUUCCGGCACACAAGCUAGCAAAUAUGCUAUUAAAGCACAAGGACGAUUCAAAAAGCGUCGACAGUCUUCACCAUAACACCAUCGAGAACUCUAAUAAGAAUGUAAUUCAUCAUAGUGUGAAGGAUAUCUUGACUGCUGUAAACUCAGCGCAGGAUGGCUUAACUGGUUCAUCCAGCUUGCACGCUCUCGCUGAAAAGGUACAGCUGAGUGAUGAUAGAAGUGUGCACGGUAAUAAUGAGCAAGUUGGUCUUGGAGAGUCUGCAAAUGGUGACCUCGUUGGAAGUUCCUAUACUAACACGAAGAUGUCUACCAGUGGAAACAACCCCAAAGUUUAUAACCCUCGGAACUUCCAUGGCAGUGGUCUCAAUAUCGGUGAAAGUAGCGGUGAUCCUGAAAAGCUAAAUGAUUCCCCAAGUAUUACCCUCGAUGAGCCGCCAAGCAGCCCCACGCAGGAAGUGUCAAAGCAGGAGUCUCUCAUAUUUAUGGUGAAUUUGACCAAGUCAAAUCCUAAUGAGCUCGGAAGAAUUUUCACUAUUCUCCUUGUGCUAAUUGUGGUGGGAGAAUUUUUGGAGUCUCCUUGUGUGACAUUAGCUGAUGCUUCCUUGCUUGAAAUGCUGGGAGAAGAGCGGAGAUUCUACGGGAAACAGAGAUUAUGGGGCUCUGUAGGUUUUGGCAUAUUUUCUUUCGUCGUCGGCGUUCUACUCGAGCGGUCUCAAACCCUUAUCUGCGGUUACAAAUACACUGACUACAUGAUCUGUUUUUGUUUCUUUGGAAUUCUGAUGCUUCUAACACUGUUAGUAUCUUCAGGGUUCCAGUUUAGAUAUUUUGAGGUUAAGACUAACACCACGAGUGCUGCUAUAGCCGCACUGUGUAACGUCCAUUACGGGUCGUGUAUGAUAGCGGCGUGCAUUAUGGGCGUGAACUAUGGUAUGUGCCAUAACUUCCUGGUCUGGUUCCUUGAAGACCUUGGAGCAAGUAAGACCCUUAUGGGGAUUGCGAUUAUUUCGCGCUGUUUCGCAGAUACUCUUACAUUUUACGUGGCCGGGACUAUUAUUAAAGCACUUGGACAGGUUAGGAUCAUGAUUGCGGUCUUGUUAUCGUACGCGGUUGUGUUCCAGGCGUACACGCUGCUCGAGAAUCCUUGGUAUGUCAUUCCUGUUGAGGUGUUAAAUGGCGUCACUUAUGCGCUUGCUUGGUCAGCCUGUACCUCGUAUCUGGUAGGCGCGGGUCCACAUGAGGCUGUCACUACCAUACAAGGCAUACUCCAAGGCGUGUACUGGGGCCUGGGUACUGGUACUGGAACGAUUGCUGGUGGCUACCUCAUCCAUCACCUAGGCCCAGUCUCUGCCUUCCGCCUUACUGCAGUACUCAGUCUGCUUAUGGGAGUGCUCUUUUGCGGGGUACAAUGGAAAUGGACGCUUGACGUUAUCCCUGUAGAGUUUCCUCAGACAAAAUAUUCGUACCUCCCUACCGUAGCGACUAAAGACACGGAGGCCUUACUUAGCGGCCAUGAUAUGGCGCCCGCUCCAAGUAGGCGAUGCUACAAAAAGGUUAAACUUAACAGCAAGAUACACAGAGAUUUUUAAUCAAACCUAGAGAUAUAAAGGACAACCUCCGGAUUGAUAAAAUGUAUCUGUUAAGUGCAGGUGUCAGCUAAUAAGGGAUUUAAAUGAAUGGUUGAAGUCGGUGAAUGUCGGGAAAACUUCUACCAACUUGAUGGUCCGAUAAAAGGGAAUGUAUCUCUUCUUUAUUUCACAAUCAUCCUUCUUCUACCUAAACUUAUAACGACUCCCUCUAUCCCCUACUAGUUAGCCGAGAAAAGUUUUAAUACGCAAGAGUUGACUUAGGUUUUUUUAUUUGAACUAUUUUACUAAACGUCUUUACUGUUUGAUACUGUAUGUUUUGAAUGAGUUGAAAAACAAAAUAAGUUUGAUUACAUAAAAUAGAUGUUGUAUAAAGGAAUAAUAAAGUCAAAAUCGAGCUCACA